AUGCAAAUGUUUGGCGAUGACCAACGAAGCGGCUCAUUAGCAACGGAAAAUAAUAAUAAACUGUUGAACUCAGCAAAUGAUAAUAAAGAUAAUGACGGGAAAGUGGAUUAUGAAACCACUCCACUUAGCAUAAACGGCAACUCAAGCAUACAUGAAAUCUCAAUUGCUGAAACAAAUAAAGAAA